GAGAGAGGGCAUCGCUCUCCUGAGCCUCGAUGCUGCUGCACCACCCGCCUCCUCUUCCUCCUCUUCCUCCUCUUCUUCCUCUCACGAUGUUCCCUCAACUCGUCCCCAUCGUGCUGCUCACCGUGCACGCGGCUCUCGCUGACGGGAUCCAGACCUUCACGCACACGGACCCGGUCACGGGAUCUCAGCUGAAGUGCGAGGGCUGCCCACCCGGGACCUAUCCGCGUGCGCGCUGCACGGCGACGAGCAAGAGCGUCUGCGCGCCGUGUCCAGCGGGCUCGUACACGGAGCAAUGGAACUACCUGACGAAGUGUUUGCGUUGCGGCGCGUGCGGGCACUACGAGGUGGUGCGCACGCCCUGCACCGCGCACAACGACAUAGAGUGCGCGUGCAGAGAGGGAUUCUACUACAAGAAGCCGUACGAGAUGUGCAUGCGCCACAGUGCGUGCUCGUCCGGACAGGGAGUGCUGAGCAAAGGUAGGAUGGUGGUUCUGGAUGAGGAUGUAAAGGUUCUGGAUCUAAAGGUUCUUUAUCAGAAUGUAAAGGUUCUAGAUGAGGAUGUAAAGAUCCUGGAUCAGAAU